AUGGUUGGGUUUCCAUCAAAAAUUCCUACUGGUGUUCCCAAAACAUUCAAAAAUGGGUCUCCAACCAUAAUUUCGCAGUUUUCAUCCCAAUUAAUUUUUUCAUACUCUUCUGCAUUUUUUUCCAACGAUUUGGGUUUUUCAGUGUUAUUUUUCUUUGGGUCAUUUGAUUUAUCCACUCCGGCACUAUCCCAGGAAAAACCAGAUGUACGAGACGCGUUUUCGAGAACUUCGACUUUUGCUUCGAUGCUUUCAAUUUUUUCAAUAAUUAUAUGCGCAUUUUUGUUUAUUUUUUCAAAAAUAUUUUUAUCUAUUGUUUUAAAUUUAUCUUCAACGUUUAUCAUUCCCUCCUCUAAAAUGUCUAAACGUUGGAUGUGCAUUAUCUGCUCUUUUUCUAACUCCAUAUUUUUAGAGCGUAAAAAUACCAUUUCAUUAUUUAUACCUUUAUUUCUCAAUUCUUCAUCAAAUUCGUUUAUUUUCAUUUUUGAAAUUUCAGUAUCUAUCCCUAAAUGAGUUAUUUCAUCAUUUACAAAUUUUUCAAGAAUUUUAAAUUGAUUUUCCAUAAUUUUUAAUUUUUCUUCUAUUAAAGGAUUAUUUUCAGAUGAGGACGAAGUUAUUGGUAAAACUUGUCCAUCUUUUAUUCUUGCUUCAAGUUUUCUAAAAGAUUUACAAACAGCUUCUUCAAAGCUUCGGAGACGAAAUAAAAGAUUAUACCAAUGUCUGCCUUCUUCUGGCGUAAAAAAUUUAGCCGCGAAGUCAGAUCCAGUUGGUUUAGGGCGGUUAUCCAUUUCUAAUAUACUCCAAAAAAUAUUUUCAGGAGCAG